GUUUUCGUAGUUCGUUACGAGUCAAAAAAAAUUUGAACGAAAGUUACUAAAAGUUGUUAUUUGUGUAAGAAGAUAUGGCUCGUACGAAACAAACUGCUAGAAAAUCCACUGGUGGCAAAGCACCACGAAAGCAAUUGGCUACUAAAGCAGCAAGAAAAAGCGCACCAAGUACUGGUGGAGUGAAAAAACCACAUCGAUACAGACCUGGAACUGUUGCCCUGAGAGAAAUCCGUCGAUACCAGAAAUCCACAGAAUUGUUGAUUCGAAAACUUCCCUUUCAACGUUUAGUGAGAGAAAUCGCCCAGGAUUUUAAAACAGACCUACGAUUCCAAAGUGCUGCAAUUGGUGCUCUUCAAGAGGCUGCUGAAGCUUAUUUGGUAGGUCUUUUCGAAGACACGAAUCUGUGUGCAAUUCAUGCUAAGCGUGUUACUAUCAUGCCAAAAGAUAUUCAACUUGCAAGAAGAAUCAGAGGAGAACGUGCUUAAAUCAACCACCACAACAAACGGCUUUUUUCAAAGCCACACAUUUGUUAAAAAUGUUUUUUGGCAUUGUGUUCAAAGUUAGUACAUGACAGGGUUCAGAUAGAACCUGGAAAAAGGUCUUUUUUAGAAAA